ACGCCGUCAGUUUGCUUCGGAGUGCGUCGCGAGCGCAACGUGCGGUACUCGUGAGUUCUUACCCUAGUGCAACAGCAUUUGAUCACCUUUUAACCUAUCUUUUGUGCAAUUCGCUUGCGGUUUUAACGAAAUAGUGUUUUCACUUCCCGCACAAUCGACGUACCUUUUCGUUUGUUCGAGUAUCGGUGUUUUUCGAUGCGUUUUGGUUGUGUUCGGGCCCUUGGAAAUAUAGUGUGUUGCUGAUUGUUCUAACCGACUGGAUUUAUUCGUUUGGAUUACAUUCUUCAGUUACUCUCAAGUGGUUGUGUUUUUGUGCCAAGAAGGAAUAUUCAAGCCCAGUUUGCAUUACCAGAUAUGGACGUUGUCAUCGCGGAGGAGGAAGCUGUCCCUGAAGGAUAUCCAAAGUGUCGUUCGGGUUCGGGAGCCCUGAAGUUUUGGGGUAUCUAAGCGGUGCGGUUUUAAAAAUGUGACUCGGCGUCCCUUCUCUUCCGGGAAAGUGUGUGAGUGCCUCCGCGUUGUGUGUGCGAGUGUUGGUGUGUGCUCGAAAGUCGGUGGUGUUAAUCAAUGGUUGGACGAGCGAAGCGCUCGGGCUGUCGUCUAUGAAUGAGCGUCUGUUGGCGUAGCCGGAGUGAGUUGUGCGCUGCCAUCGUCAUCCUCGUCGGUCGUCGUCCCAGUAUGCGCCGUUGGAUGCCCGCCGAAAUUCCCGACGCUGUUUUCGACUCAUCGGGUAGCGUCGUUGUGCCCACAUCUCAAAGGAUGCUGAGGGAAUGCUAGGCAGUACGCCUCCCCCGAACUCUGCUCCACAGACUGGCAAACCAACCUCUUCGCUCUAUGAAGUGCCUUUGGGAAGAAGCAGCUCGAUCGCGGCGUACCAAUGCUCGCUGAGUGAUCGGGGGCCGAUCCCCCCCGGAAGCUCCCCGGUUUCGCGGCUCCCGGAGUUGGUGGCCAUCAAGCGGCGCGAGCAGGGCGGGAAGCCGCUCGAGGACCGCGGCGGCGCCCGCAAGGACCAGAGCAGCUGGGACCCCGCCAAACACACCUCCACCCUCGGCCCCGGGGUCGGCGUCGGUGUCGGAGUCGUUAACCCGCUCAGGCCCAACGGCGACUGCACCGUCCGCAGAUCCUUCAAUGUCAAAGACUGCUCCGUCUACGAGAAAACGAAUCCCAAGGCGGGACCGACGGAGGGCGCUGCGACGGCGACUGCAACUGCAACUGCAACGGUGCAGCCGAUCCUGAGCGAUGGUUGCGGUGACCCGGGCGCCCCUCCCGCAACCGGGAAGCGGCCCGACGACGCCAACCAUGGCUGUGACUCGAAGAAAGAGGCCUCGUCGAUGCUCCCGCUCCCCCACCCGCACGCCCCCACCGCACUCUCCGCACCGCCCGCGCCCAAAGUCAAGCCUGAUUCCACCCCGGUUUCCUCAGGAGGGAGCUCAAUACCCGUGGGAAUCGCCGUGGCCCGACAGCGCCAGCAGUCGGACUCGAAUGUAAAUAUCGCUCCCGAUCUGAGGUCGAGGAAUCGGUCCCUGGCCACCAGGCUCAAAGACAAUGCCACCGAUGUCCCCAACCUGCCCGCCAUGACUGUUCUGUCCUGUGAAGACCACUCGACAAAUAGUUUUUCCACUUGGUCUCCUCAACCGCUACCUCAAUGGCAAUAUCCAUCAGCUGUGCCCCUGGAGCAACCUCUUCCUUUUCACCCUCCUGUUGGAUUUCAGCUAGCCAGAGAUUCCGUCAGUGGGCAAUUUCUAUUGAUACCUCCAACUCAGCCGAAUUUAGACUCCCUUCAAAGGACAGUCGUCUGGCCAAACAAUAUGACUGCAACGCAGCCACUAUUAUUGCCCACUCAACCAAGUCAUCAUGUUGUUGUUGAUCGACUUGUUGCGGUUGCUGCAACUCCUUCCUCAAAUGAAAGCAGCAAGCGGAAAUCUCAGUCUGCAACCAUGAUAAAAAUAGAAGAGUCUCCUAUCACAGGCAUGAUGAUGUCUUGUGAAUAUUCCAAGUCUUCACAGUCUUCUAUCACGCAGCAAAAUGGAUUAGCUUUAAUUCAACCUCUUCAAAAUAACGGGUCUCCACUCAUUGGUCAACCACAUUUUUCCACUAUUUCAAGUUCAGGUUCAGUGCUAAUACAACACAUAUCAGGCACCAGUUCAAUCACUCCUACAUUACAAUUGAAUCCUCAACAACUGUCAACAAACAACACUACAAACUCUCUGCUAAUCGCUAGUGCGCAGCAGUUGUCAACAGAUGCUACAACUGCACACUCAUUACUCAACCAGCACAGCUCUGGUUCACUUGUAAUAAAUACCCAGGAAAUUGGGUCUCAAAUUAUCGGACAGCUGUCCUCACCAUUUAUAAAUCAGCAUCCAGCUCUGAUCAAUAACAUAUCAAUGAAUCAGCCUUUUGUCUCUACAUCCAACAUGUCAUCAUCAAACCAUCAGUCAUUUGUGAAUCUUUCUGCUAAUAAUCAAUCUUUUGUGUCCAGCACGAACAUCAUAUCGCCCAAUUUCUCAAACCAUCAGUCUGUGAAUGUUUUAGCUUCAAGCAAUGAUUUACACGCAACAUCCACCGCACAAAGCAACUUUAUUUCCCCAGAAAACAUGAUUAACUAUUGCCGACCACCAACAAUAAACAUAAUUUCGCCUGAUAUGAAUUUACCCUCACCAGUGCUUGCGAAUAAUACGCAAGGUUUCAUUUCCUCCUCGAAAAUUACACUUUCCAAUCAAGAUAACCGGGUCAAAGAAGACUAUGAGCAAGGAAAUCAGUCAAAAUACCUGGGACCUGAAGUGUCUGAAUCCUUGAGGGGCUCUUUAAAUAGCGGCUCCCAAUUCCACCAUAAUGAGGAGAUGCCUCCAAAAAAACUCAUUGAUGCAUCAGUAGCAACAUCAAUAUCAUCUGAGUGUGAUGAAGAUGAAUAUUGCGAUGAACCAGACAAAGAUGACGAAAAUAGUCAACUAGAAAGUGAGGCAGAAAAAAGUGUCUGUGAUGAUGAAAAUAGUGAUAAACCCGAUAAUAAUGAAAAUAGUUGUAGAAACGAUUAUAGUGAUACUAGUGUUACCAAUAUCAAAAGUAGUGAGAGGAAGAAUUAUGAUCAUUCAUUCAGUGAAAGUAGAAAUAUCGACAAGACUGAUGACGAUUGUAUACUUAGUGAUGAUCAGAGUGGAAAUGAAAGCGAUCACUCAGUUUGUGAAUUUGAGGAGAAUAGCAAUGACAAUCUUAAACCAGUUAUACGCAUCAAAGAUCCUUCUGUAACCACAAGCCGAUCUCAGGCAACUUCUCCCGUAAAUUUUCCUGACCAAAAUUCUGACACACAAGAUGAAGAAAGAGAGGAUGUGGAAACAAUGGUUGCACACAUACUUGCAUGUGAUGUUGGUACCUGCGUUGAUAGCUCAAAGCCUUUAAGGAUCAAGGAAGAAGAAUAUCCUUUGAUCAAGCCUGAGAACUCCUUAGACCUUAGUGGAUUGGAACUGCUGUCAAAUAGUAUCGAGCAGUUUGAGCACAAAUUAAUCGUCGAGGAGAAAGUUGUCCCCAGAAUAAAAACAGAGGGCUCACAUAGCCUGGAAACAGCCAGUCUUAACUUUGUUGAGGACAGCAAGGAAGGUGAAGAGAAAAAGUGUCCCUCCCCACCUCCAUCUGUUACCGAAUCAACAGAAAUUAGUGAUAGUGAGAAUUUAAGUGGGCUCGGUCUCUUGUGUGCACUGGCACAUCAGCGGUAUCUGGAGGAAGAGACUGUGGAAGAUUCAGAUCACAAUUCGGAGCAUACACCGGAGAGUUAUUCCAUGAGAAAUGAUAAUCAUAACCACCAUAGUUAUCACAGCCGUGAAGCUGAAAUAGAAGCCAAGAGGAUCCUAGCAUCCAAGCAGUAUAGUUCCUACACUCGUCCAGCAAGUCCAGAAUAUGACGCCGCUGAAAUGGAAAUGAGGUGUCGUAUGGCUGAGUUGCAAAAGUUGUACCAGCAAAAACAAAAGGAGCUGUCGAAACUCACUCCAAGGAAGUACCGAACCAGUGAAUCAUCAACUGCAAGCAAUCCUAGCACAACAGCAGCCCCUGUCGUGAAGAGAGGCCCAGGUCGACCCAGAAAGAAUUUUGAUGUCAGUUUACCGAAGUCUCCAAAAAAGAAAGACUCCUCUGAAGAUCCUCCCUCUCCUCACGCGUUCGGUAGUCCAAAGAAAACUCCGCGCUUAUAUUUGACUGGUGCCAUGAAACGUAAAAGAUCUGAAUCUCCCUCGAGACCUCGAAAGCAACGUUUGACAGCUGAAGGGGAUUUAUCUCCGCCAGUCUUAGAACCUAUUUGCCCCACAACACCAAAAGUAUCUGCUAAGUUGGAUAUCUUGAAGCCACCUACAUUGACACCAAACAAGACCAUUGAUAAACUUGUUGAGGUAAAAUCUAACAAAACAUCAAAUCGGGGAAUGUAUCGAUUUUCUAAAAAGAAAGGAUCUUUGCAAAAUGGCAGUCGCAGCACUAGUCCUUAUCAUCAGGAUUCUGACGACUCUUCGGAAGAAAUGCCUCUGUCGCCACCUCGACUCUCUCCUGUAUCCGCCUCUCCUGUUGCCUCUCCGUCUUUGCCAUCAUCAUCUCAAAAACGAAAAGUUGGUCGUCCUAGGAAACAUACGGAUAACAACUUCAAUAAUCUUACGGAAACUUUAGUCUCAAAAACUCCAAGAGUUACUUCUAAAAAUAAUCUAGUCGGCUUAAUAAUAAGUAGUAAAACUCAUCAAAACUCACGCUUCAAAUGUGAUAAAAGCUCAGUCAGCAGUGAGAAAUGCUUCAAGCAGACUCUGAGUCGUGAUGGUUCGCCUGUAAAUAGGCUGAGUGGGACUUCAAAGAUCUCCUCUAGCAUCUCGAGUGAUCACGACGAAGAGUAUAAACCAAACAAAAUUCGACCAAAACUAAAAGCUGAAGCCAAGGUCAAAUCAUGGGUUGGAGAAGAAGAUGACGUUUUAGACUGGACUUCUAGCAUGAGUCCAGAUGAUCAUCAAAAUGGUUUUGGAAACAGCAUGAGCCCAAAAGUUGAUUUCACCCCCAGGUCCUCGUUGAAGAACAAAUCACCGCUGAGCCCUCAUGCUUGCAACCGAAAACCAGUGGUUCCUCCCACCAAGAAAAUGAAACCUAUGUCAGAGGUGCAUGCCAAAUUAGAACUCAAAAAGUCCUCUCCUGAGGCGGUUAUCACCAAACACGACUCAAAUUGCCAACCUUUGAUAGCUGAUGAGUCUUUAAGCUGCAGUAUAACUCCAGAACAUCUGUCAGCUGAUAAACUGCCUCUAAGAGCGCUGAUCAAUAUUGGUGGACUAUUUUACGCCGGGCAGUUGACAGCCAUAGAGCCGCCUGACUUGUAUGGACUGACUUUGGAUGGUGAAAGGGGUCACCGCAGUCAUAUACACACAAGAGAAGAAAUUCUAAAUCAGGCUGUUCUGGAAGUGAAACUUAGCCGUAUGUUACCUGUGGGAUCUCGCGUGUGUGCUUACUGGUCUCAGCAAUAUCGAUGUCUCUACCCUGGGACUGUUGCUCCCUCUUCAUCACCGACGCAACACGAAAUAAAAAAUAGUGCCGAGAAAUUUAUCUCAGUAGAAUUCGAUGACGGAGACUCAGGCCGAAUAUCUGUAGAGGAUGUGCGUCUCUUACCCCAGUCAUAUCCAACCAUGGUCUACGAUCCAAACCCCUUGCUCACACUCGGGAAAAGAAAACGCCGAAUUUCUUCUAUGAGUUGUGAAAGUAAUCCCAAAGACAGGUCGUUAGAAGAGGUAUCACCUUUGUCAGCUUCAGACGCAAGAGAAAGCUCCUCCACUAACAUUCCAAGUCCUGAUUUUCAUGUAAAUGGAGGAAUCCGAUUAGGAGAUAGUCCUAUGCAUAAACAUUCAGAGGAUUACAAGGAGAGGAAACGUUUAAAGAAAAGGUAUCGGAGAAAACAUGGAUCAUCUGAUGAUUCAAGCAAUUCUAGUCUUAAACGUGAGCGGAAACGCCAUCGGAGCAGUAGCAAUGAGAGCAAAGAUAAGUCCAAGAGACAUCACAAGCAUAAAAGGAAACGACACAAACACAAACACCAGAAUAAUGUUGAGAACGUGAGGAAUGAAUCUUCAAGCCCUUCAUUGUCUCCAGCUACAGACUUCAAAGGCAAAAAAACCGAUGAUGAGGAGCAAGAAUUACUUCUCAUAUCAUCGCCAUCGCCAAGUCAUGAAGCGAGUUCCUCGUUGGAUAAAGUUGGAAAGCAUAUCAGCUCCAAUGCAACUGACUCUGGAGUUGACAAGAAGAGUCCAAAAGUGGAAAAAGAUGUUCAUUCCGAACCAAAGAAGAAAAAAGAAAGACAGCAUUCAACAGAAAACUCCAGUAAAAUGGCUCCGUUCCUACCUGCUCGGCGGCUGUGGAGCUGGGCAGGGAAAGGUUACAGACGGCCUGGGGCUAAAGGCCGAGGAAAGAAGGAAUAUUACAAAUCAAUUCAGAGAGGCAGCGAAAUAAUCACAGUUGGAGAUUGUGCUGUUUUUCUUUCAACUGGUCGGCCGGAUAGACCCUACAUUGGUCGCAUUGAGGCAAUGUGGGAAUCAUGGGGUAGCUCUAUGGUAGUGAAAGUCAAGUGGUUUUAUCAUCCAGAAGAAACGAUCGGCUGCAAUCAGGAGUUACCUUUUCCGGGUGGGUUAUUUGAGUCCCCGCACUUUGACGAAAAUGACGUGCAGACUAUUUCACACAAAUGUGAUGUUGUGCCUCUUGCUGAGUACAAACAGAAGCUUGAUCGGGAGCCUCACCGACUUGUUACUGUCUAUGAUCAAAAUGAUAUAUACUACCUCGCUGGAUUCUAUGACCCCACUUCAAUGGUCAUUUCUUUCGAGCCUGAUAUUCAAAAAAAGAAAUGAGCUUGAAGAUUAGGGCACCCAAUUGUAGAUACUUACAUUUUUUUUAGGUUGGUGAUCUUUUUGAAAACACUUGGUUAGUUUUGUUGGUGAUCUUUGUUGAUUUUUAAUCCAACCUGUAUCAGCUAAUGUUUUCAGUGAAUAUUCAUUAUUUAGUUUAUCAUGAUUCAAACCAAGCAAAUGUUGAAGUUCUGCCUUGGCAGGUAGUGUCAAAAAAGGAGAAAGCGAUUCAUCAUUUGAUAAAUACCUACAAAAUGUAAAGUUGAGGAUCAAAAUGCAGCCUUUGACAAAAAAAUUCUGAAGAUUUCUGCUCCCCAGUUUUCUAGUUUGUCCCUAAGAACUAAUUUUAAAUUCUAGGAGCAAUUAUAGGAAGUGCAUCUUUCUAAAAAGGCUUCUGAAAGUGAACUGUUUUUAGUGUUAACUUUCGUAAUUCUAACUUCAAGUGUCUGUCAUCUUACAGCAAAUUACUGCUUCAAGAAUUCCUUUUUCAGCUAGGUCUCUAACAUCAUGCUCCUUUUGACCUUAGCUUUUGUUUCAAACCAUUUAUUUUAGACUGGAUUCACCGGUUGAAUAGACAAAUUUAUUUGCGAACCUUCAUCAAAGUUUUAAAAUCCUGUUACGUUGAAUUAAAUUCUUUCUAUAUAUUUGACCCAGCAUUGAUAUUAUAAGCAACAGUAGAACUUCAACAUGAUACCACUUAAGACAUGCAAUUCACAGUCAACUUGUUGCUCUAGCUUAAUUUUUUCCAUCUUCCUCUUGUCUUUUGAUGGUGGAAAGAUUAUUAUAUAUCUAGAUAUAAAGGGUAAGUUACCUUUUACUACUUUCAUGAAUUCAUUUUUGAAUCUCGUUAUACCUUUUAAUUUUAGGGAUGCAUUUUUCUACUCUUGAACACCAUAUCUAUGAUGCUGUGUAAAGAGCGUACUACACCUAAUGAAAAUUUCCAUCGCAGAAACCAUGGAUUUUUUUUUGUUUUUGUUGAUUUGAGUUGAUGGAGGUGAAAAGUCAAUCAAGAUGCAACAGUCCAGACUGUAUUUUCCUUUUAUUAUGUUAAAUUAUCAUUAAAAAGCAAUUUUUUUUAAAUCCUUCAAUUUGUCAUGUUUGAAUCAGCCUCCUACUGACCGCGAGAGGUAGUGAAUUUUUCAGGUAUUCAAAAUUUCCCUACGAUCUUUAGGGAAUUGAAUCUCCUUUUCAAUUUUUCCGAGUGUAUGCCAUUUUUAAUGAAGCAAGGAAAAUCAAAAUUCUCAUAAUGCUCUCUUUCCCCUCUGUUGGUGUUCCUUUAAUGCAAGCAUGUAAGGAAAGUUUUCCUGAAGACUGAAUGUAGCCUUUAGUAAUUGUCAUGAAUUUAAGAAAGAAGUUUCAUUUAAUCAUAUUUAUUUUUUUAAAGAAAAAAAUUUUUAGACUGAAAUUUUUUAGCUCAGGAAACGUAAUUGCUUAUGUUGCUCUGUUUAAAAAAGGAAAGAAUGUUAUUAUUCCUCGGAAUAACAUCGACAACCAGACUGAAAUCCUUAUCCUGUGGGCUAAGUCUUGCAAAAGUUUGUGCUUGAAGUAUAAUUAAAAAAUUUUGAAGAGACAAUUGAGCCAUAAUUUAUCUUUACUUAUUCUUCAAUGCCUGGUUUUAUUUUAAUCUCCCUGAAUAGUAGAAUCACUUAAGUGGACAGCUAUUGAUUCGAGGCUACUAUAUUUUGUGAUUAAGUUUGAGUAUAUGAAAACAAAUGUAAAAUGCGUGAAAUGUGUAUCCAAAUUGCAACAUUUAAAAUCUCCCAUCAUGUUUUAUUUUCCCAAGGAAUGCUAAUUAAAAUACUUGUCUGCGAUUUUGUGUGACUUUUUUUAUAUGAGAGAAGAAAAUUCACAAAAAGUUUCAAACAUAGAAACUGUUGAUUAGUUCUCAUUUAAAAAAUAAAACAUGAGCGGGGACUUAAAACGUUACAGUCUGAGGUACCCAUUUUUCGACUUCCAUGAGUCACAUCCAUGAGAUGUUGUUUUAUUUCAAUCUACAAGGGAAUUGUUUGUGAUAUGACUGGUUUCCCUGUGUCUGUAGUUUUAACAAGCUGACUGAUUUUUCUUUCUUUUUGUUGCAUGAAGAACCUUCUAAGAUUUGAAAAGAGGCUGGUGAAAUGUAAUUUCACGAGUUAGAUGUUCUUGUUUUCUUAGAUACUAAUUCCAGUAGAAUAUUUUAAGAUCCCAUACCUGUGAUUUAAUUGCAGUCUAUAUCCCGCCUUAAAGCCACUGCAUAAUACGCAUAUUGCGGCUCGCAAGACAAUUGGCGUAACUACACCGAGAGAUGAGCUCGGUAACGCAAGUUAUACGGAAGGCAGAGUUCAUCGGGAAGUCUAGUUACGUCUUUUUGUCAGGAGAGCCACGAUAUGACCUAUUUUGAUUGUGCAAAUACCAAAGCAAAAAUUUUUGCUCCUGACUACUAUGACGAAUUUCCUAAGUUAAUGUAUGUUUAGAUUUUAUUGAAUAACUAUUCUCUUGGGUCAUUUCAAACUUUUUUUGCUUUGAUUCUGUUGCUUUUGUCCCCAGGGAUCAGUUGAUAAACUUUAAUGCAAACAUCCAGCUAAAAUCUAUUUAAGUGAUCAACUUGAGCUCUCUGAAUUACUGAGUUGAUUUCCCUGGAGUAUCACAAACGCAACUUAUAUACAUAGCUCAUAUAUGUUAUGAGCAGUGUUCUGCCUUCCCACUAAAAUUUUGAGGAGCCAUCUACAAUUUCUUAGAGAUCAAAUGAACUUUUUACAUGCUAUGCUGUUUUGCUCCGAGUCUGUCCUGUUCUCAGGCUGUGCUGCAAACGUUUCGUUAAAGAAGCCUCUGCUGCUUUUCGAUUACAAGUUUAAAAAAUCGUUAGGAUGCAUCAACUUUUCUAAGCAGCACAAUGGCCCAGCCCCUCUAAUUUUUUAGGCGCAGAAGUCCAAUUUUUAGAUGCGUUUGAUGCAUGGCGACUGUGGAAGGCAGAACGCUGGUCAGGAGGCUGCGGAGAUAAAUUUCUAUGAUUGCCUCAAAAUUGUACUCUACGCUUUUAUUAUUUUACUAAUUCCUGAAUCUACAAUUAGUCAUAGUUCAUCGUGUAAAUAUGAAACUGUACAUAUUUUAUUUUGUAAAUACUUAGGUACUUACAUCUCUGUCUUCCCCAUACUUUAAUCGUAUCUUAAGAAAAUUAUUUUGUUACUUUGAUUUUUAUGUUGAAUGUUCAAUUAAGUUUUUGUUAUCCUGAAUCAUUUUCUUCAGUUCCGUGCGAAAAGUUUCUCUGGCAAUUUUGUAUACUUAAUCUUUUGAUUUGAUUAGAAGCAUAUCGACAGUGAAACUGCCUAAAUGGGUAUCUCGGUUGCAGUGUUUCUUAAUCUCCUCUCUUAUUUUAUUUUUUAUAAGGAGAUCAAACUAUCAACAUGAACAACACAUUUAGAAACAUUAAUCACCAAAGUUUUCAAGAAAUGACGCUUAGUAGUUCUCCUUGUAGAAAAUGAAGUGUAGCAGGAAGUCUGCAACACCCCAAACCGAGAUUAGCAUGUCUGCAGUUUCACAAUCAAUAUGUGCCGUAUCAUAUACAGGGUUAUUCAAAAGUCACGCACCACUGGCCAUACCUUUAGUUCUAAUCAUGUUACCGAUUUGAGGUUGAAGACGUUUUUCCUUUUAUGGAGGGGAAAACUUGUUUGGGUACUUUCCAGUUUUUGAUCCCCGCGCGGGGAGGGGGGCGGGGGGCGGGGGGAACUUAAAAAUUUAAAAUGGCCUCCCCCCUCAUGGCCAGUGGUGCGUGACUUUUGAAUAACCCUGUAUCUCAACUGUGAGAUUCUCACCAUGUAUCACCAUAUCUGGCUAAUUUACUCAGAGCAUCGAUUUGGAGGUCUCCUCAAAACUUUAUCAACACACAGAUUUAGUAAUCUUUACUUGUUAUUGUUAAAUUAAGCAGCAAAUCUUCAGAUGAAAAUAUAACUAUUCGUAGUUUCACUUGUUGGAAUAAAUGUGUGCCUCAAAUCCGGUACCAAAUAAAUUGUAAAAUUUGUUUGUGGGAGCUUCUCAAAACUUUUAAAAUCUUAUCAUCCAGACCUUUUGAUUAUUUCUUUCAUAAUCUACUUAAAUAAAUUAUCGAAGUAAUGAUGAAUUCAUAUUUUACAAUUUUGCCUCCACCCCUUAGUCUUAAGCUGGUUUUAGUGAGUGGAGUGAUAAAACUUUAUUUCUGAAAUAAUUCUAGUUGCUGAAAAAAAAAUCAAAACCAUGCUUAAGUCAGUAGUGAUCCACUUUGUAACCAUGACAACUCUCUUUUUAUCGGUCUGUAAUCUUGGAUAUAGAAAGACGAAACUCUUGUUUGUAGUAGGUCAAAAUAAAAGUGAAUCAUUGCCAGACUCUUAGAAUUAGGAUAAAGAGAGACUCGAGUGCUUGAAACAGAAGGGAGUGUGCAGGUAGUUUUACAGUAAUACCUCAAUUAUUCAAUUAAUUGUUGCGAAAGCCCCAGCCAUAUACCGAAACGAAAAAAUGAUGCACAAGGACUGUUUGAAGUGAACCAUCACAUAGUUUCCAACUUAGUAACAAAUGAACCUAUGAACUAAAUUAAACUGACUUUAUUAUGUUGUUUAAGACAAGGUUUUAUUAUAAUGAACAUAUCGUAAAAAAAGUCCCAUCAUUAGUUUCACUGCAGCGAUCAUUUUACUAUAAACCAGUUAUAAUUUACUCUUACCAAAAAUUUUCAAAUGUGUUUGAACACUCCCAAAGUUAUUUUUUCAUCGGAAAAAAAUAUCACUCAUUUAGUGAAAUAAACUCUUUUGUAAUUAAUGAUUUUGUUGUUCUGUCUUUCCAGUGAAUGACUUCUUGGGAUCCUAUUUCAUUAUUUUAUUAUUCUCUGUAGGUCUUCUUUGUGAAUAAAAAAUCAUAAUUUAUGAAAAGAAACGAAAACGAAAAACAAACAAACUACCCAGGUAGAAAUGUAUUCUAAUUUACAAUUUUUGAGAAAAAAAAUUGUUUCCUUUAAUUUAACGGAUUGUUUGAAAAAAAAUGAUAGAAUAUGGUAUACCUAGAAAUAUUUUUUAUUAAAAUCAUAAGUUUUUUUUUUUUUGAUUCAGUAAGCAAAAUGAAUUGAAUCUUGUUUUAAACAAUGCUAAGUAGGUAAUCUUUUUAACUUACUGUUAUAUUCCAAGCUGAUAAAAUUUUCUGCAGGUAAAUGGAAGAGGCUAAAUCGAAAGUCAAGGUAAAUUCAUCCAAGAUGACAGCAAUGACCUAUUUAUUUCUAUGUUUUCAUGGCAUAGUCAGUUUUCUAAGGUUUUAAAUGUAUGUUGAAAACUUAUUACAUAAUAACAUAGGUACUAUUAAAUCAAGAAUUUUAGGUUAUUCCCGGUUAUUUUUUUGGUAUCCCUGAGGUUUGUUUUAGUUUAAACAUUUUUGUAAACUGAUUUUUUUGUAAAUAUGUAAGUACUUAUUGUCUUUGAUGAAUUGUAUUAUAAGGUUGAACCACCCUAAAUUUUCAAACUUUUAAUUUCAAUUAAAUGUCUCAGAAAUGAA